AUGCGAAAAAGCACAUCGACCUUUAUAAAAACAAAAGUUCUCAAUAUCGACGAGGAUCUAAAGUCUCCAGGAUCAGAAAGUUUUGGCUGUUGCAGUGUGAAAAUCGGAAUCGAGUUCAUGACCGAUCGUCGUGUAUCGGCGUAUAGCACGCUUAAUUCUUUUACGUCAAGAACAAGUUCGAGAACCGCCUUUUCAACCACAUCUGGUCGACAUACGUUACAUAAACUACCACCACUUGACACCGUGCAAAUUUUCUAUGAAGGGUAUCCACAACAAAAGUUAAUUACCGAGGCGGCAGCGCUUGUUAGUAAAAUUGAGCGUGGUGAAGCUGUGACAGGAUUUGAACGUGACAGAAUAAGGUCACGAUUAGGUACAGAAAUUUGUCGGCGCUGUUCUCCAGGAACUGCCGAAUUCUUAAGUUGGCAGGUGUUUUUGGAUUUGUUACCAUUGACACGAACUCGACGUAGUAUUGAUAUCCAUAGACGAAAUUUUGGCAACAUAAAAGAAAAUGCGAGCUUCUACGGCGGUGAGUUCCAUUCGACGAUACAAAUUGGUGAACCUGGACAAGAAUUUAACGUAUUGUUUGAUACAGGGUCCACGCCAUUAUGGGUAUCGCACAGAUCUUGUAACACUACACACACAACUUUUGAUCCUCGGAAGUCGCGAAGUUUUAAGAAAAUUGGCAUUCCAUGGAACAUAACUUAUGCUGACAAUGAUAGCGCCAAUGGUUAUUUGGCAAGAGAAACGAUUACAAUUGGUGAAGGUGUAAAAAUAAGAAAUCAAGUUUUUUCGCUUGCUAUUAAGAUUAAUGGUACCUUUGAUCAAGAACCCAUUGAUGGAGUAUGUGGAUUAGGAUAUGGACAUUUUUACGCGAGAAAACAUUAUAGAAAUUUAUUUGAAAACAUGAAACAUCAACACCUAAUUCAGCAUCAGCUUUUCAGUAUUUGGUAUGGAAAGGGCUCAACAUCGUCAUUAUCAGGCGAAAUUUUAUUUGGGGAGAUUAACCACGAGCGAUACACUGAAAAAAUUUCGUAUUUCCCAAUAAUUCCAAAUAUAUCUGGCGAUUGGAAGAUCCACUUGGAAGCAAUCUGUAUCGGAAACAGAACCAUCAAAUGCCAGAUAGAGGCUUUCAUCGAUUCUGGAAUUAUUGGAUUAUAUUUACCACAAUUUUUCGUCGAUAGAGUACAUGCGAACAUUCAGGGCGCAUGGCGAGAAGAUAGUGGGUUUUGGAAGCUACUAUGUGGCAGUACUGGUGAAAAGUUGAUGAUCAAAGACGAUAUUGGGUUUGUAUUUGACGGUGGAAGCGUUCUUCGGAUUCCUCUACAUGAUUUUUAUGAUAAAGACAAUGGUGAUAGUGUUAGCAAUUGUGUAGAUGGAUAUAAUUGGUCGUUGCUUUCACCACAGCAAGGGGAUUGUGCGUAUCUCGGAUCCACUUUCAUUCAAAAUUGGUACACUAUUUUCGAUUUCGAUAAUCGACGAAUUGGGUUUGCCAAAUCUGUAUACUAA